UGACCUAAUCCAUAUUUUCUCCAUUACUACAGCUAAUGCAUAAAGAGUUGACUUCUUGAUCUAUAACUUUGGGCCUGGCCCAUUUAAGUCGAUAAUUAGCGUAGAUUAUAUAUCGGUCAGUAACGAAGUGAGUCAAAAGGUUUGCAAGUUGUAACGUUGCUCUCUCCUUAUCUCCGCCGUCUUCAGCUUCUUCCUCCUCCUCUUUCGCUAACUAUCAAAGAAGAAGAAAAGGUUGAAAUGGCUGGUCCAAGUGGGAAGAAGGAGAAGGUUGACAAGGCGGGUCCCAGUGGCGGCAAGAAGAAGAAGGACGUUAAGAAGGAAACGGGUCUCGGACUAAGCGUCAAGAAAGAUGAGAACUUCGGUGAAUGGUACUCUGAGGUUUGCAAGCACGAGAUGAUUGAGUACUACGAUAUCUCUGGAUGUUAUAUCCUUAGGCCUUGGUCUAUGGCUAUUUGGGAGAUUAUGCAAACUUUCUUUGAUGCGGAAAUCAAGAAAAUGAAGGUGAAGAAUUGCUACUUCCCUCUCUUUGUAUCUCCUGGUGUCCUCGAGAAGGAGAAGGACCACAUUGAGGGUUUCGCUCCUGAGGUUGCUUGGGUUACAAAAUCGGGCAAAUCUGACUUGGAAGUCCCUAUUGCAAUUCGUCCGACUAGUGAGACAGUCAUGUACCCUUACUACAGCAAGUGGAUAAGAGGGCACCGCGACUUGCCUUUGAAGCUUAACCAGUGGUGCAAUGUUGUUAGAUGGGAGUUCAGCAACCCUACCCCAUUUAUCCGGAGCCGUGAGUUCCUUUGGCAGGAAGGGCACACUGCUUUCGCCACAAAAGAGGAAGCAGAUAAAGAGGUCCUUGAAAUUUUGGAGCUUUACCGUCGCAUAUAUGAAGAGUAUCUCGCAGUCCCAGUUGUGAAAGGUAUGAAGAGUGAAAAUGAAAAGUUUGCUGGGGGACUUUACACUACAAGUGUGGAGGCUUUCAUUCCAAACACGGGACGUGGUGUACAAGGUGCAACAUCUCACUGUUUGGGACAAAACUUUGCGAAGAUGUUUGAGAUCAACUUUGAGAAUGAGAAAGGAGAGACUGAAAUGGUGUGGCAGAAUUCUUGGGCCUACAGUACCAGGACGAUUGGAGUCAUGAUUAUGACUCAUGGAGAUGACAAAGGCCUGAUACUUCCUCCUAAAGUAGCAUCUGUGCAAGUUGUUGUGAUCCCUGUGCCUUACAAAGAUGCUAAUACACAAGGAAUUUUCGAUGCUUGUACCGCUACUGUAGCUGCUUUGAGUGAAGCCGGUAUCCGUGCGGAAGAAGAUCUAAGGGACAACUACUCUCCUGGUUGGAAGUAUUCAAACUGGGAAAUGAAGGGUGUCCCUUUGAGAAUUGAGAUUGGACCCCGUGAUCUCGAAAACAACCAGGUCAGAACUGUGAGAAGGGACAACGGAGUUAAGGAAGAUAUCCCAAGAGGGAGCUUGGUGGAGCAUGUGAAGGAACUGCUGGAGAAGAUCCAGGCAAACAUGUAUGAAGUGGCCAAGCAAAAGAGGGAAGCUUGCGUUGAAGAAAUUAAGACUUGGGACGAGUUUAUCGUAGCACUCAACAAAAAGAAGCUCAUCUUAGCUCCCUGGUGUGAUGAAGAGGAAGUGGAGAGAGAUGUCAAGGCACGAACUAAGGGUGAAACUGGAGCAGCUAAAACCCUCUGCUCUCCAUUUGAACAGCCAGAGCUCCCUGAAGGCACUCUCUGCUUUGCAUCUGGAAAGCCUGCAAAGAAAUGGACCUAUUGGGGCAGGAGUUACUAAGUGUUCACCAUGUUUUGGUUCAGUUCAUGAAAUUUACUUUGUGAAGACCAUCUCAAGUUCAUUGUGCUGUGAUUUGAUAUUUUGACUGAAAGCUAUUUUAGUUUCAUAACUGUGAUUGCACUAUGAACUACAAAAACGAUGUUUUCUUAAUUCAAAAGAACUGUUUGAGAAA